AUGAAAUGUAACUUUGAUGAAGUACGAUUUUAUUUAUUGACAUUUAUAUAUCCAUUUACUUCUUUUCCAAGAAAUUCAAUGUUCUAUAGUCCGUCAACAGGUGUUAUGGUUAAUCCACAUACUGGACUACUACCAUCUACAUUAGAUCCUAAUCAAAUGAGAAAUCAAGAUUCUCAAACUAUCAGUUAUGAUUUACUCAAUUCAUCAUCGAAUUUAUUAUCUCUGUUAACUCAUUCAUUACAACCUAUUCAAUCGACCACAUUCUUUUUAUUGAAUUCUGUGACCAUCAAUUCAAUAUUACAAAACGGAGAAACUACUAAUCAUAGUCCUUUGAUUAAUUCUGCAACUCAUCCCUUACAAACAGAUAUCAUAGGAGCAGAAAAUGAUCAAGUUGAAAUUAGUCAGCAUUCACAUUCUCUUACUAAUCAUCUUUCUCAUUCUUACUCAACUUAUAGUCAACAUAAUCAACCACAAUUACAAAUAUUCGGUCCAUCAACAGUCCCAUCGGUUCAACAAUCAUCAAUUACUGGAAUAAAUUAUCAUCCACCAACCGUAUCUGAGAAUCUUGUUACAAAUGGUCAAGCACAUUAUCUUAUUACAGGUGCACCAAAUGGAACAAAUCCUAGUCAUACAACAAUAUUUGCUAAUCAUAUACAAACCUCACCAGUUACAUUGAUUCCAGAAAUUGAUUAUAAUGCUUGUUCAAUUAUACGUACAUAUAGAAAUGAAUAA